AUCUCAGACUUGACUAACCAUCUAGGAAACGCAGCCACACACUUUUUUGUGAUGUAGGGGGUCGUAAAGUAACGAAAGAUGACGGUGACUUACUCCAGUAAGGUCGCCAACGCUACAUUCUUCGGUUUCCAUAGAUUAUUGCUUCGUUGGAGAGGCAGUAUCUACAAACUUCUCUACCGGGAGUUCAUCGUUUUCGCUCUUUUAUACACCUUGCUAAGCGUCGUAUACAGGCUCUUUCUUUCAGAAACACAAAAGCGAUACUUUGAAAAGUUGUCACUUUACUGUGAUAGAUAUGCAGAGCAGAUCCCGGUAACAUUUGUGCUAGGUUUCUAUGUGACGCUGGUGGUGAACCGCUGGUGGAACCAGUUUGUGAACCUGCCCUGGCCAGACCGGCUGAUGUUCCUGAUCUCCAGCUGCGUGCAGGGCCGGGACGAGCAGGGCCGCCUUCUGCGCCGCACGCUAAUGCGCUACGUCAACCUCACCUCCCUGCUCAUCUUCCGCUCCGUCAGCACUGCCGUCUGCAAGCGCUUCCCCACCAUGGACCAUGUGGUGGAGGCAGGGUUCAUGACCCCGGAGGAGAGGAAGAUCUUCGAGAACCUCAAGUCCCCCCACCUCAAAUACUGGGUGCCUGUGGUGUGGUUCACCAACCUGGCCUCCAAAGCCCGGAAGGAAGGCCGCAUCAAGGACAGCGUGGACCUGCAGACCAUCCUCAACGAAAUGAACCACUUCAGGACUUGGUGUUCGACCCUGUUCGGCUAUGACUGGGUGGGAAUCCCUCUGGUGUACACACAGGUCGUGACCCUGGCUGUCUACACCUUCUUUUUUGCCUGUAUAAUCGGGCGACAGUUCCUGGAUCCCCAGCGGGGUUACCCAGGACACGACCUGGACCUGUAUGUUCCUGUCUUCACCUUGCUGCAGUUCUUCUUUUACUCCGGCUGGCUGAAGGUGGCUGAGCAGCUCAUUAACCCAUUUGGAGAGGAUGACGACGACUUUGAGGCUAACUGGUGCAUUGACAGAAACCUGCAGGUGUCUCUGAUGGCAGUGGAUGAGAUGCACAUGAACAUUCCCCGUAUGACGAAGGAUAUCUACUGGAACGACUCUGACCUGCGGCCUCCCUACACCCUGGCCGCCGCCGACUACUGCAUCCCCUCCUUCCUGGGUUCCACCACUGACAUGGGCCUGUCUGAGGUGCUGCAGUAUGAGGACGUGGACACCCAUGACUUCCGCCACCGGCGCCAGGAGUCGGUCUUGGGCCGCGUCCGGCGUCUGCUGAGUGUGCAGGAGCCACCUGACGUGGCCCGCUCCUCCCGGCCCACCUACAAGCGCCACAGCAGUGACGUCUCCAGCGUCUUCUUCCCCUUUGCCCCCGACAGCCGGGUCCACCCGGGGCCUGAGGAGCACCCCCACCCCCGGCCCCACCUGCUCCACCCCCCGCACUCACCCCACGAAACCCUGACCACCCUGCGAGAGGUGAGUAGCACGCCCUCGUCACCCGACACCCAGCCCCAUCCGCCCUCCUUUGGCGAGGUGCCCGUUGUGGUGGUAACCCCGCCCCUGCCGGGCCCCCGCGGGCUGAAGCUCGGUCACGACAAAGCCGCCCAAACCCCAGACACGCCAAGCGAGAGCAGCAGGGACAGCUCCCCAGAGACAGAGUCCCGCCAGAGGCCUCAGACUCUGGAGGGGGCCGGCCUUGGCAAGGACGUCGGAGUGAACCCCACACAGAGAGGCCCCCACAAGUUCCGCUGGACUGUCCCCGCCGACCGCUGCAAGCAGCUGAGCCGGCAGCUCUCCCGCCAGCCCUCGGGAGGCUCCCUCCGCAGCCUGCCCAGCCCCGAGGGCCAGGUGAGGAAGAGAGGCCUCAACACAUCCCCCCCCUCGCCUGACGAGGCCCCCCACACCCAGGAACCCCAGGAGGCCCCAGAGACUGACAUCCUGGAGUCCUGCAACCACCACACCAAAGAUGAGCCCCCACCCCUCUCCUAGCAUUCACACCCACCGUAUCAACCAGCUGUGCCUUUCGAAAAGCAGAUCCAUUUUCAAAAAUGACUCUCAAUGUGUCAUUACUUUUUUAUACAUAUAUU